UUUUGUGUUGCCAGCAAGUAAGUGUGGGACCCCGACCAUCUCAUCAGCUGCUAGGACCCAUCCAGCAAGUACAGAAUCAGAAUUCAAGGUUACCGACUAGACGUUUCCGGUCGGACAAAUUGCUGAGUGGAAGUCAAAAUGUCUGGGGAAGUUCAUGCUGAGGGAGGCGUGACGUCAGGAAGUACCGAGGCAAGCCUCACUGAAUGUCCUCUCUGUUUACACCAGCUUAGGUGUCCGAGGUCCCUGCCAUGCUUUCAUUCCUUUUGUGAAGAAUGUCUGAAAACAUCGAUCCUGAGUAAAAGUCCAGAGCCAAACGAGGAGUCAUCCUUCCAAUGCCCUGUAUGUAGAGUUGUCACACUGCCUGUAGACCCAAAACAGAAUCGUGAUGAGUGGACCGCAGAGUUUGAAGCCAACAAACUUAUCAUCGAGCUGACGUCACAGAGCGACAGCGAUAGCAAGCAGUUUUACUGUUACCCGUGUGGUAAAAAGGGGCAGACGGAUACCGUUGCAACUGUCUGGUGGAAGGAGGCCAAUAAAUAUCUCUGCGAUUCUUGUAAGAAGAACGAUCUGAUAUCUGAAGAUGACACUCUCGUUUCCAUUGACGCAGAUUUCCUUCCAAAGUCUGCGGUUUGUUCCAAGCACUCUACCGACGUCAGUAUGAUAUGUGAUGACCAUCACAGCAUCUGCUGCCCAAUAUGUAUAGCUAUAGACCACAGGCGUUGUGAUACAAUUCACAAGUAUGCUGAUUAUGUCAAGAACAUGAGAACACCAUCGCAAAUGGAAAACACGCAGAAGAAACUAGAGGAUGCGAUCGACGCAUUGACAUUGAUUGUCAAGGAUAUGAAAUCCCGGAUUCAGGAACUUCUCGGGGAUAGGGACGGUUUCAUAGAUAAUGUAAAACAGUUAAAGGCGAAAAUAGAAGAGCAACUAAACGGGCUACAGAAAGCGUUGUCCGAUGAAGCUCAUGCUGUCUUCAAUGACAAAAAGCAAGAACUUGACGGUGUCAUACGGAAAUGUGAGCUGAUGAAAGGGUGCAUAAUGACGACAAAGAGCAUGACAGAGACGGAACAAAUUAACAAAAACGACAUGCACAUGGUUCGCACGUUUCAGAAGGGAGAGAUUGAGAUCGAGGCUGGUCGUAGACUAGUGCAGGAGCUAGCAGAACCUUAUCUGACAGCGGGACUGACUCACAAGGUCGAAAAGACCAAAACAGACGAGGACUGCAACGAAAGACGGAGAAACUCUGAGGACGAGAACACUGAAAAGGGAAACGAAACGACUCUGUUGUUGUCAGCAUUGUCGUUAGGUACUUUGGAAACGACCAGUCAAGCACGUGCUUUUCCCGUGCAAUCUAGUGUCUUGCUGCCACUGUCCCUGUUACAGGCACGAGAGCUGAAUGAAAUGGAGAUCAAAACUUCUUCAGACGAUAGUGACUGCAGAAUCGCCGGAUUGGUUUAUCUGCCGGACGGGCGUCUUAUUGUGUCGGACAACGGAAAUGAAAAACUGAAAAUGUUUACAGCAGAUGGAAAUCUCCUAGACGAGUUGAAGAUAUCCUACUGCCGGGACAUAUGCAUGAAAGACGCGGAAACCGUAGCAGUGACUCAAAACGAAGAGGGGAAAAUAACGCAUGUGAGGAUCGAAUCGAAGAGGAAACUGGAACUCGAUUCCGGCAUAGAUAUCAUGACCAGCAGAAAGAUUGAUGCGAUUGCCCUAGGCAGAGACUGUUAUAUUGUUGGUAGCGGAUUGAAUUCAAGCUCUUACGAAGUCUUCAAAAUGAUUGGCGAUUCCAAGCAUGAAUUAAAUUGGUAUUGUAGAACCCCCCAGGGAGUGGCCUAUGACCCUCACAAUGAUACCGUCGUUUAUACCGAGUUUCACACGACGGAUGACACAGCCUCGGUUAUCCGAAUAAUGCAGGACAAAGAUUUGGUCAAGUUGGCUAGAGUCUCUGACCAGGUGUCGGGUGCAACCGGCCUGGAUCUGGACCAAGAUGGUAAUAUCUACGUCUGCUGUUCCGGGUCAAAGAAGAUCGUACAGAUAUCGAGACACGGCAAUAUCCGACCUCUUGUCGACAUCAGCGACCCAUACAGGAUAGCAGUGUGUGGAAGGAAGUUCGCUGUUAGUAUGGAAACUCAGAGUACCGUGAAAUUCUUUGAAAUAUUCUGAACUGGUUCUCCCAUCGAGAAAAGAAAAAGAGGACUGUAUAUAUAUAUUCCAAUACCUGAUUGAUUUAGAUACUGGAACCGAAACCCGUUUAGCUUCUGUCAGAGGAGAAGAGGUAUAUAUCUUAUCACAUAGCCGAAAAGCACUUGUUACAGUGUUUAUAUAAACACUCGGUGUAGCCUGACAUAUAUUUUUCAAAAGGUAAAAAAUACAUAAUGUUUGUAAUAACAACUGUAUCACAAAAGAAAGGAACAGACCAAAGAGGCGCGAUAUUCGGAUUUCAAUAGGGAAACUUGACUGUUUUAUAGAAGUUAGUGCAUUACGUAAUGUAUUGAAUGCUUAAAAUUAUUUUAAUAUGAUGUAACUGCAGACAUCUUGCUGGUUGCUAUGUGUGAUGGAGAAAAUACGUCACUUCCGGAGUACCUAAUUUUGCCUCCAGUUAUUUGCUCCCACUUACAAGUAAUUAAGUAUGAAUAACCAUGUCAUCCGAUCUAUACACUGUAUCCGUCUGCAGAUACAUUGGUUUUCGAAUCGUAUGUGUUUUAUUUUACAUUUGUAUUUUGCAACUUCCAUAAGUAACGUUGUCCUUGAGUGGCCCAAUCAUAUGGACAUCCUUUUCAAUCGAUUUUAACUGUUGCAAGAAUCAAACCUCUGAGUCAAAGUAAUCGAUCAUCAGUGAUGUCAAAGUUAUCGAUAAUCAUUGAAGUCACAGCUAUCGAUAAUCAAUGAUGUAAAAAUUAUCGAUAAUCAUUUCUGGCAAAGUUAUCGAUAAUCAUUGAUGUCAAAUUUAUCGAUAAUCGUUGAGGUCAAACUUAUCGAUAUUUUUUUUCUUUCAAAUUGAACUAUAAUCAUUGAUGGCAAAGAUAUCGACAAUCAUUGAUGGCAAAUUUAUCGAUAAUCGUUGAUGUCAAACUUAUCGAUAAUCAUUGAUGGCAAAGUUAUCGGUAAUCAUUUAUGGCAAAGUUAUCGGUAAGCAUUUAUGGCAAAGUUAUCGAUAAUCGUUAAUGCUUAUUUUUUUUACAUUGACCAUGUUUUCACUAAGUAUACUUCAUAUUUAACCAAAAAUGUAUAAGAAUGUUUUCCACUUUUCUUAUUUUAUGUUAUUAUUUUAAUGCUGCUAGAUAUUUAAAUAUUUUAUUUAUGUCUACAUGGGUUUCUCCUUUCUACUUUUAGUUAUUUCACAUGCUUUUUGGAAGUAUAUUUUUACGAUUUAAGUGAUAACUACACGAGUUUUUGCCCUUGUUGGUUGUUUGAUUUCUAUACCGGCCCCUGAUAAAAUCCUGCAAUAUAAGGAAAACAAUAAAUAAAAGUUCUAUGUGGUAUUGGCAACUACAUGUAUGUAAAGAAAAGACUCCAGGUCCCUUUGAUGCUAUAGAGAAGGUAAUGAUUAUUCAAUUUAAAUUCAAUCUAUAACCAAAUGCACAUUGAAUUAGGCAUAUAGAAAUAUACAUAUUGAUCAUACUUCACAGAUAUCUUGUAAGGUAAUGACUAUACGGUGCUACAGUCCCCUGUGGUAGUUAUGUAAUGAAGGGGUGGCUAUCGGUCCGUGUGACAUUUAUUUACCAUAAGGAAGGUAACAAUUAUACUAGACCCCAGUGAUAGCUAUAUGCUAUAUUUUGGAGACAACGUGUAUGCUAUAUGACACUCUAUGUAGUUAUGUGCUAUAUCAGUCGGAUGACGAAGUCGAUAUGUACAUGUAAUAGCGCAUUCGCAUUUCACCAAGACGGCGGGAGUUCGAUUGCGCCAUUCCACGUGGGUCAUGUCCUGGAGCGCGAAACAACUGCGCAUUCCGAUGGAAUGUCAAGAGAUGCUUAGUCUCGUUCAACCAGACUCGUGUUGUCCGCGCAAGCUACGCCGAACAGAGAAUCUCUUGAAUUACAAGUGAUCAAGUGUCUGGAUGAACGAGACUAAGAGAUGCUCAUCAGACCAUUUAUGUUUUUUGAAGGAUCUUUGUUGAUUUUGGGAUCAAAAUUAAACAAAUAAAUUCAUUUAACUGAAAUCUAAAGAGGUUCUGCAGAAAUACUGCUAUCAUUUCUAGUUAUCUAUAUGUUGGAUGUUUACUGCUGUUAAUUGUUGUGUCCUUCAGUUCCUGUUAUAGAACCGAUGUCCGUUUAUUUUCUUGUUGUGGACUUUACAACAAGUUCAUAUUCUACUUCCGCCCAAUAUUACCGUAAUCACUAACGUACAUUUUUGUAAUGUUGGGCUAUAUUCAUAAUUUACCCAUGUUUACAUAUUUUUUUCUUUCUACAGUUAUGUUAUUUUUAACAUUCAUAUUUAUACUUCCUGUAUUUAGAUGAUAGUUACACGAGUUAUAUACCCUGUUGGUUGUUGGAUAUCAAUAAA